CGGCCAUUUAAGUGAUUCCCAUUCGGAGGUAGCAUUGAAUGAUAUCCAAAAAGCUGUUGAAACAGCAUUGAUAUCUGCUAGCAAGGUAAACCAUAAGUCUAGGUAGAACUCGGGGAUCCAAGUAGCAUCCACCGAACUGACGGACGCUCGUGAAAAAGGUAUUGAAUAUCGAGAGCAUUCUAAAUUUGCGCAACCAACUUCGACCUUGGAUCUCCAGUCAGCCUUAAUAGCAUGCUUGUUAUUUCUGGUUGCUGUCGAUCGCUUUAAUAAUUCAAGAUUUAAUCCCAAUAACUUGGUCCCGCAUAUGCACAGAUGCUCAGUACAUUGUGUAAUCUGAUGUACCCUAAAUUGAGUAGGGCAUUUAGUUGUCGUAGUUUCAACUUAAUUAAACACUUUGAACCACAGACAUCGAAAGAAGUGGGACCAAAUAAUCGAAACAAUCGCCUCCCUAAAUCGUAUGAAUUGAUGAUGCGAGCCAUCCACAACAGAUUAGCGCCGACAACGUUCGCUCGCAGGAAGCUGUACACCAUACUGCUUUCCCGUCGAGAAAAUAAAAUGUCAGAAUCAGUUAGGUUGUCCACUCCUGAAGGGCGGGCGCUCAUAUUCAAGAGACUUAUUGAUAGAGAAAAACGCUUGUGGCCCCAUGCUUGGUAGUUCGUUAGCUUGAAACCAGGAAAAUGUUAUUGACAACUUGUUUACCUCAAUUUUACUGUCACCAAAUAUAAUGAUUACCAACCAUUAGUUUCAUUUUUAAACCAUCCUUGUAAUGACUUCUUGUUUAAAAAAACAAAGAUGAAUCUUCUCAUUGGUAAAUGGUUGAGCUUAC